AUGGGGUCUCUGGUAGCCUCAGCUUCGGUUGCUCUUGUAUUGGCCAUAAUCUUUCUAAGUUUCCCAUCUGAAAUAUCAGCAAACCACUACGGCUAUUCAUCUCCCCCCCCGCCGGUGAAGCCUUACCACUACCCAUCGCCACCACCACCGCCCUACAAGAAGCCAUACAAAUACCACUCUCCACCCCCACCAGUUCACUACACUCCUCACCCAGUCUACCACUCUCCUCCACCCCCAGAGCACAAGUACCCAUACCCACACCCUCACCCUCACCCUCACCCACACCCCCACCCCCACCCCCACCCCUAUCCCCACCCAGUGUACCACUCCCCACCACCACCACCACCCCCAAAGAAGCCAUACAAAUACCCAUCUCCACCACCACCAGUGCACAAGUACCCUUCUCCUUCCCCUUACCCUCACCCAGUUUACCACUCUCCUCCACCACCACCUUACAAGAAGCCUUAUGCCUACCACUCACCUCCUCCUCCAGUUCACUCUCCUCCUCCUCCACAUUACUACUACAAAUCUCCUCCACCACCACCUUACAAGAAGCCUUAUGCCUACCACUCUCCUCCUCCUCCACAUUACUACUACAAAUCUCCUCCACCCCCACCUUACCACUAG